GUAUUACAGCCAGUAACGAGUUGAAUGUGGCUCAAAACGCUUCGGUGAACGCUGACCAAUAACGUUAAAAAUUGCACAACGGUUAAAAAUAACAUAGUUUUUGGUGUAAAAAUUACAUAAAUAAAUACAAAUAUUUUGUGUCCGGAUAUGCUUAGUAGAAACGUGUGGAAAAACUAAAAAGGAAAUCUAGGAAAAAUGCCGUGAAACUUGGCCAAGAUAAACUCGUUUGCACCAAUACACAUGUGAAUAGGCAUACAGGCAACAACAAAUACUCAGACUCCAGAAGCCAACAAUUAAAAGAGAAGUCAGUAAGCGUCUGGGCCGCGUUAUUAGUGUAUGAAUCAUACUUUGGAUACGUUUAAAAAUAGCAAAACAAAAAGGAAGCGCUGCUUAUGUAAACUGCGCUCAACCAUUGCUGAAAUAUCGAAAAAAGUUUAAUAUUAGAAAGACCUCACACAUAAAAUACCUCAAAUGUCGGCCAGAAAAAUGGGCGCCUUGUCGCUUUCCGUUGGCGGAAUACCGUUGAUACCAAGCUUUUCUUUGGUAGCAGCGGCCAAUGGAGGCAGUAGGGAUUGCCACGGAGUGGUUUGCCAUCCGGUGAAUGAAUUUUGCUAUGUUGCAACGGAGAACUGUCACCCUUGCACGGCGGUCUGUAAUAAUCAAACCCACAACUACGAUGCGACAUUGUGCCUCAAGGAAUGCUCAGCUUACAAUACAUUCGAGCCGCUUAAGGCAGAGAUGUUGAACAUCCAGAAUACCCAACGAUUGAUCAUUUGGCUGCUGACCAUCGUACUCAUCCUAAUCGCCUUUCGCUGUGCCUUCCAAUUCUUUCGAUGGAUGAUAGGCAAUUGGUGCUUCCAGAAGCUGAUGCGCCGUCUGCAAAAAAAGGCCUAUCCUCAUCCAGUGACGGAGAAUGGAAAGGACCUCAAUGCCACCACCAUCCAGAACCUGAAUGCCAUCAACCGCCAUGGCAGCGACCUUGAGAGGGCGCAAUCGCAAAUCUACAGUGUGGCAGGUGUCGCCGAGGGUUCCGUUGUGACCAUGACAACGCCGGUAAGCACUCGCUAUCCGGCGGAAAAUAGUACAACGCCCACUACGGUUAUGACUGAAAUCGGCUAUGGAUACGAUAAUCAGGCCAUGGUCGUAACGCCGAUUUCCGAGAAACCCACACCGGCGACAGCUCCCGUCGCUUUCUAAAGCCAUCUAAAUACUUAAAAAUAACUCUUGAACCUAAAUCAGUCCAGCAAAAGCAAAAUGUGCACCACAUUGAAACUAGUGAUAUUCUUGUAACUUGUUAAGCAAAUUUUUAGAGUAAAUUUUAUGCAGAAACAAAUUUAUAUAAUUUGUUUAUAAUUUUACGUUUUAGCUUAUACGUAUACCAUUGCGGCCUGAAAUACUUAAAUGAAUACAAACUGUAUAAAAUGCACUACUAAUUUAAGUUAAUAUUAAAUUCGAAUUUUACAUAAAGGAAUCAGACAAGUUUCAUCAAUGACUAUGUGUGUAUUGUAUUCAAUUCAUAGUAUUGAAUGAAACGAAGUCACACUUAGUACUUUAACUUCCAAUUUAUAUAUAUAUAGUUUUCCAGUUUCCUUAAAAUAAACUAAAAUAUUACAUCACAAUAUAUUAUUUGAUAGAA